CGCCCCUGCCCGGCCGCGCCUCCCUAGACUAGAACCGCGCGCGGUGCUGGCCGGAGAGGGCGGCCAUGGAGGGGCCCGGCGCCCCCGGCGCCCCCGCCGCCCGCUGGAAGCGCCACAUCGUGCGGCAGCUUCGACAGCGGGAUCGAACGCAAAAGGCCCUAUUCCUGGAGCUGGUGCCGGCCUAUAACCGCCUCCUGGAGAAAGCUGAGCUCCUGGCCCGAUUCUCAGAGGAGCUGCAGCCAGAGCCAGACGAUGUCACUCCCUCUGUCCACCAGGGUCCCUGGGAGAAGGAGUCAGACCAAGGCUUAUCACCAGCAGCUCUGAGGGUGAAGUGGCAAGAGGAGGCGGAGGGGCUCCGGCUGGUGUGUGGAGAGAUGGCCUACCAGGUGGUGGAGAAGAGCGCGACCCUGGGCACUUUGGAGUCGCAGCUGGAGGAGCGGCAGAGCAGGCUGGCAGCUCUGAAGGCCCGCGUGGAGCAGCUGGAGGAGGUUCGAGCGAAGAAGGCCGGACAGGUGCGCGCGCGGCGCGCGCUGAAUGAGGAGCAGCGGGCGGCUUACGAGGCGCUGCGGGCGCGCGUCGGGCACCAAGAGGCGGCUCUGCGCAGGCUCGAGGAGGAGGCGCGCGACCUACUGGAGCGGCUGGUGCAGCGCAAGGCGCGCGCCGCCGCCGAGCGCAACCUACGCAAUGAGCGCAGGGAAAGGGCCAAGCAAGCGCGGGUGUCCCAGGAGCUGAAGAAGGCAGCCAAGCGGACAGUGAGCAUAAGCGAGAGCCCAGACACACUAGGCGAUGGGAUCAGAGAGGAAGCAGAAACUCUGGUCCUGGCUAAGCCAGGGUCCCUGGAGAGUGAGGCUGGUGAGAAAUGGAAGCGGCCCUUCAGGUCAGCCUCUGCCACCUCCCUGACGAUGUCCCGCUGUGUGGAUGUAGUGAAGGGGCUUCUGGAUUUCAAGAAGAGAAGAGGCCACUCAAUCGGGGGAGCCCCUGAGCAGCGAUACCAGAGCAUCCCCGUGUGUGUGACCGCUCGACUUCCCACCCAAGCUCAUGAUGUGCUGGAUGCCCACCUCUCCGAGGUCAGUGCUGUUCGUUUUGGCCCCAACAGCAGCCUCCUGGCCACCGGAGGGGCUGACCGCCUCAUCCUCCUCUGGAAUGUCGUGGGAGGGCACCUGAAGGCCAACCAGACCCUUGAAGGAGCUGGCGGCAGCAUCACCAGUGUGGACUUUGACCCCUCGGGCUCCCAGCUACUGGCAGCUACUUACAAUAAGGCCGCCCAGCUCUGGAAGGUUGGGGAGGCACAGUCCAAGGAGACACUAUCUGGACACGCAGACAAGGUGACGGCUGCCAAAUUCAAGCUGACGAGGCACCAGGCGGUGACUGGGAGCCGGGACCGAACGGUGAAGGAGUGGGACCUCUGCCGAGCCUACUGUUCCAGGACCAUCAAUGUCCUUUCCUACUGUAAUGACGUGGUGUGUGGGGACCAUAUCAUCAUUAGUGGUCACAAUGACCAGAAGAUCCGGUUCUGGGACAGCAGGGGGCCCCGCUGCACCCAGGUCAUCCCUGUGCAAGGCCGGGUCACCUCCCUGAGCCUCAGCCACGACCAGCUGCAUCUGCUCAGCUGUUCCCGAGAUGACACACUCAAGGUCAUCGACCUGCGUGUCAGCAACAUCCGCCAGGUGUUCAGGGCUGAUGGUUUCAAGUGCGGUUCUGACUGGACCAAAGCCGUGUUCAGCCCAGACAGAAGCUAUGCCCUAGCAGGGUCCUGGGAUGGAGCCCUUUACAUCUGGAACGUGGACACUGGGAAACUAGAGAGUAGCCUUCGGGGACCCCACAGCGCUGCUGUCAACGCCGUGGCCUGGUGCUACUCUGGGAACCACGUGGUGAGCGUGGACCAGGCCAGGAAGGUUGUGCUCUGGCACUAGCACCACGACUUCCUUGCCUGAGCUGAGGCUCUAGUCCGAAGCCUGAAGCCGGAGGAGUUCCCCACUGCCCCAGACACUUCAGGGUUAGCAGCGGGGUGGGGGUGGCUCAGGGUGUUUAAUGGGUAAGAAGGCCUAGCAGGACCUGGCCUGUUGGUUUAAAAACAAGGUGUGAGUUGGUGUGUGUGUGGGGGGAAUCACAGUAUUAUUUUGUUUUUUUAUCUGUUUCUUCACUUUCCUGGCAAAAGUGGGGGGAAAAAAAUGCAUUUAAACUGGUAUGUGCUUGCUUCUCUUCAGCAUUUAGAGAAUGGAGAAGCCUCUGGCUGGAGGCACAUGGAGACCCAGGCUUGGCUCCUGUCCCUUCCAUACAGAGCCGGGGCGGAGCGGUCUGAUCAGGAGACAGCAGGAAGAAAGGGCCAGAGGCAGCAAAGGGGAGUGGCUUUUGGAGCCGUGGACAUUUCUCCUGUGCUCCAAGAUAGUCCUGGUUCUUGGGCCCUCUCUUCAGGUGCCCAGGGUAGACUGAGGCUGAGGAGGGACCAUGUGAAUUCUGAGAGAGGAGCAAGAGAGACAGCCUGGAGGGGGCCCUGUGGAAAGAAGCCUAAAAAACCAGAGUGACGUCAGGUACUCUAAAUGCCAGGCCUGCCUUUAGACUGGGGCCAUGUUCGUGCCCCAGAGGCAGACCCUGGAGUGGGUGGGGAACACCUUCCGUGUGUGUCAGGGAGGACAGCCAUGGGCUGGGCCAGGGCCUUCACUUACUUUAGCAGAUUUAAUCCACAGGACAAGCCUCUAGAGCAGACUUAGUAGAGUGGAACCUGGGCACCCCACUUUCUUCCCCAACCGAGGGCAUGGAGGAGGGUCAGAAGGACAGCCACUGCUGGUCACUGGGUGUCGAAGGGGACGCCUGUCUCUGAGUGAUGGGGGCUGACCUCUGGGGGUCUGCUUAGUUGAGAUUCCAAGGCUUUACUCUGCAACUCUUGGCCUCCUCCAUUUAUUACCUUACAGAAUCCUCCCUGGGGAGUCCUGCUGCCAGUCCCAGGGUUUUGGAAAACCAUUUCCAGGAUGGGCAGGAGAGAGCUAAGAGCCUGGACUCUGCAGCUAGACUGUCUGGGUUUGAAUCUCUGCUCUAUUGUUUAGUAGCUGAAUGAUUUUGAGCAAGUUACCUUCAUGUCUUUGUGCCUUAGUUUCCUCCUCUGUAAAAGGGGCUAACAGUAAUAUCUACCUCAAAGAUUGUUGUAAGGACUCAGUGUAUUAGUAUUUGUAAAGUUCCUGGCACACUGCAUACCCAAAUCUACACUCUGCUGAUCCCAGCUCACCCCUGGGCUCUGGUGACAUACCCAGCUGCCUCCUAGGCAUCAUCUCUUCCCCUCACACCCCACAUCUUCUUGGCCACAAAGGCCUGGGGCUCUUGUGUCUAACUCUCCAUUCCUGCUGCCACUGCAGGCCACCUUCUCCUAGACCUGCUAUCUCUCCAACCUAGACCCCUUUUUGCCACAGCCAGAAUGACUUUCUGAGGAUGCAUGUUGGUCACACAUCCGGCCCUUUGAAGUUCUCCACUGCCCAGAGAAACUCCUUACCUGCAGGAUGUGGCCUUGCUGGCCUCGGCCGCAUCUUCACCUCCUUGCUGCUCUGCAGUGUGUCUCACACAGGGUUUUCUCUCUGCCCAGAAUGUUCUUCCUGCCCAGCCUCUAAUUCAAAUUUGUCCUUUAGGAUCCCCUCACUGAGAGCCUUUCCUCACCUGCCAGGCCGGCUAGGAGCCUCCUCCGUCUCUAUGCCUCCCUGCUUUGGGUAUGCCUCCCUCUGUCUCAGUCAGGGAGCUCUUGAAGGAGGCCAGGAUGGGAGCAAAGCACUCUCUGGGAUCAGGCCUCAGAGGCACAGAGAAAGCCUCAGGAGAUGUUUAUUAAAUGAUUAAAUUCUCUUACUCGAGGACUCAGCAAGUCUGACAGUCGAAGUCUCUAGCGGCCACCAGGAGUCAGCAGCUGCCUAGGUCUGCCGAGGCCAUUCUCCCACCUCCUGGGGUGGAAAGACCAAUGCUUCCAGCAGCCGCCAUUACUGAGCUGUCAGGCCCUGUGCCUUCUAUCCAGUGUCUUACUUGUUCUCCCAACCACCUUGUGAUGUAGCUAUCUUACAGAUGAGAAAAUCAAGGCUCAGAGAGGGUAAGCGAUACGAGGUCACCAGAGCUGGCACAGCUGGACUGUGGUCUUUAAACUAUUGCAUUCCCUGCCAUGCUCCAGCGGUGUGCCCACGGCCUCCACCACCAGGUGGGCGAUUCUAGCUCCCUGGACUUCCCUGGUGGUCCAGUGGUUAGGAAUCCACCAGCCAAUGAAAGUGUCACAGGUUCAAUCACUGCUCCACAUGCCGCAGGGCAACUAAGCCCACGUGCCACAUCUACUGAGCCUGUUCUCCAGAGCCUGCAAGCUGAAACCACUGAAGCCUGCCUGCCUAGAGCCCGUGUUCCGCAACAAGAGAAAUCACUGCAAGGAGACACCUGUCCACUGCAACUAGAGAGCAGCCCCCUCUCACUGCAACGAGAGCAAGCCUACAUGUAGCAACAAAGAUCCAGCACAGUCAAAAAAAAACAAAAUAAAAAAUUACUGAAAUCCC